CAGACCGCAGAAGCACCUUGAUAAUCAUGCUCAGCCUCAUCAGGUUCCCACGCGUCUUCACCAUCAAUCAAGUACCCAAAAUUUCAGAGACUCCUGCUUCUGCCAGAGUAAUCGAAAAACAGAUUUAUCGAAGUUGUCAAAACCGACUGAGGAAUAACCAAGAGAUUUCGUUUUCGAGGUUUUCCACGAGGACAGUAUCAUCUCCGGGUACCGACACCCCCGCAGCUCAGCCACUGACUGCAUCCUGAGCCUGUUCCAGCUGACCAAUGAGACACUCAACAUCUGGACCCACUUUUUGCCCACCUGGUACUUCCUAUGGAAACUAGUGACAGUGGUGCUGAUGCAGACAGCAUGGCAGGACUCCUUCACCUGGCCCCUGGUGAUCUUCCUGUUCUCGUGCUGCAUGUAUCCGCUGGCAUCCAGCUGCGCUCACACUUUCAGCAGCAUGUCGGCGCGGGCACGCCACAUCUGCUUCUUUUUCGACUACGGGGCCCUCAGUUUCUACAGCCUGGGGUCAGCAAUCAUCUACUCGGCUUACGUUUUCCCGGACAAGUGGGUGAACAGCUUCCUCCACCAGUGCUACGUCCCCAUGGCUAUGCUCAACACGGUCAUCUGCACCGGCCUGGCCUGCUACUCCAGGCUGGGCUUCCCAUUUCUACAAUAUAAUAGUGACGUCGUCAAGAGAUUCCCCGAGUGCCAGAGUCCAAAGUUCAGCAAAUGUCUUCGCGUUGUUGCCUUUGCCUACCCCUACCUGUUCGACAACAUUCCUCUGUUCUACAGGGUUUUCCUGUGCGUAGGGGAGGGCUGUACAGACAACGAUACCAACAUCCUCCACUACAACCACGUCGCCUUGGCUUUCCUAACAGGCUUCCUGUUUGCCACACAUUUACCUGAGCGCCUGGCACCUGGCAGCUUCGACUACAUAGGUCACAGCCAUCAACUCUUCCACGUGUGCGGCAUCCUCGGCACCCACUUCCAGAUGAAGGCAAUCGAACAGGACAUGGCGACGCGACGCCCCUGGCUCCUCGAACACUCCAUUCCCAUCACAUUUUCCAACUCAGUGGGUGCAGCACUGCUUUGUGUGCUGCUGAAUUUGACCAUUAUCUUCCUCUACAGUCUACCCCUACUGUCUGCACCAGUCUGCCGGGAAAAGAAAUGUGGCAAAUGUCCAAAGAAAGCCUCAGCCAAGGUCUGCCCCUGCUGCUAAAUCUCCAGUCAUAAGUCACGGCUUAGGGGUUCCCAGCUGGUCACGAGACACACGGACAUGUGCGAAGUGUGCAUUAUGGGUGAUAUAAGAAGCUUGUAAAGAGCACUCUGGAGCUCAGAGGAGCUGGUGUAAUGUUUAAGGGAAUGAUAGAUUGCAGUCUGCACUAAAGUCACGGUGGUGUUUGGUCUUCAGACGUCGCCGUGAUGACUGCUCUUAGAUGUGGUGUGUGAAGGGAAAAUAAGGGCAUCAUUUGCCCGGACAGGCAACGGAAAUUUAACAAAAACAUUUGUUACCAUAAUAUGUAAUGAAUCUAAAUGUUUCUGAGGAAACUUGUUCCAAUAAAGAGCUACAAAUGUAGUGGGUCAGCUACAUUAUGAGGCAGUGCUUUAUAUGCUAUAAAACUGUGUAAAAUUCAAAAUGUGCUGUAAAUGUAACCUUCAUUUUCAGAUUGCAGUGCCGCAUUUAGACACUGUACCUUUUCAUACUUCUAGUGCGUGUGUUUGUACGCAACCUAUUGGAUUGUACUGAGUAAAAGCAGUCAGACUAUCACUCACAUAAAAACAUGAGGUUAAAAGAGGCAACUAUGGCAAGGAAAGGCAAAUAUUUUGCCUUGAACUGCCUGCAAAGUAGCAACUUAAUAAAUUAAAGGUUUAGCUGCCAAUAAUGUAAGAUAAUUUAAACAGAAUAAAUGUUUUCAGAGAAGUUUAUUUUCCUCAAAUGAUUAUCCGUUUCUUUCCCAGUAGACAUUGUCAAAUUGUUCCUUUUUGUAAAACUGAA